AUGGGCCUUUCCUCAAACAUUGUGCUUGCCAUUCUCUUGUUCCCCAACUGCUGCUGGUGUACAGAAUGCAAGUCGGAGUCGGAUAUCUAUGUGCCCAAUGGUGGACCAUGGGGCUACUGGGGAAAUAUAGAAUAUUGUCCAGCUGGUUAUGCUAUUGGCUUCUCACUGAAGAUAGAGCCGUAUCAAGGAGGUCAAACUGAAGGUGAUGACACAUCUCUGAAUGGCAUCCGUCUGAUAUGCUCUGAGGGUACAUUUAUUACAUCUAAUGUUUCAAAGUGGGGUACUUGGUCUGGGCGCUACUAUUGUCCAAGAGGUGGUAAAAUGGUGGCUUUUUCUCUGAGAGUGGAAUUACCCCAGUGGUUUGGGGAUGAUACGGCAGCCAACAACAUUCAGUUCCGCUGUGAGGAUGGAGACAUAUUGAUCGGCAACUCCCAUGAAUGGGGUACUUUUGGCCCAUGGAGUGGACCCUGCCCGAAAGGGAUAUGUGGCAUACAGACAAAGGUGGAGGCGGAACAAGGGCCGGAUGACGACACAGCACUUAACGAUGUACUAUUUUGCUGCUGUUAA